AUGAAGGCCUGGACAUUGGGUUCCCUCGUGGCUCUUGCAGCCCCAGCAAUUGCCUCUGAUUGCCACUGCUUGCCGACAGACAGCUGCUGGCCUGCCCCUUCCGCCUGGAAUGCACUAAAUUCUACCGUUGGUGGUAGCUUGGUGGCGACCGUGCCCAUCGGCAGCCCCUGUCACGCCCCUUCUUACGAUGCCGCCGCCUGUGCAUCCCUGAAGGCCUCCUGCUUUGACUCUUCCUCGUCUGUGAUGCAGACGUACUUUGCCAACCAGACUUGCGAUCCAUUCACCGCCAAGUCUAAGCCUUGCACUCUCGGUAACUACGUGAGCUAUGCUGUGAACGUGUCUUCCAGCGACCAGGUCAUCGCUGCUGUGAACUUUGCUCGCGAGAACAACAUUCGUUUCGUUAUCCGUAACACCGGUCAUGACUACCUGGGACGCUCUACUGGUGCUGGCGCCCUCUCUGUCUGGACUCACCACUUGACCGAUAUUGAGUACCAGGACUGGUCCGGCCCCUACUACCAGGGUCCUUCAUUCAAGGUUGCCGCCGGUGUGGUCGGCUACCAGAUCCUCGAGGCUGCUCACGCCAAGGGCCUUGUUGUCGUCACUGGCGAGUGCCCCACCGUCGGUCUCGCUGGUGGUUACACCCAAGGUGGUGGCCACUCUGCCCUCAGCACUGAGUUUGGUCUUGGUGCCGACAACACCCUUGAGUUCGAGGUUGUUACCGCUGCUGGUAAGCUGGUCAAGGCGUCCCGUACCGAAAACGAGGAUCUUUUCUGGGCUCUGAGUGGAGGUGGUGCUGGUAACUACGGCGUUGUCGUCUCCAUGACUGUCAAGGCUUACCAAGAUGCAACUAUCUCCGGUGCCUCUCUGCAGCUUGCUGCGACCGGCAUCAGCACCGAUACUUUCUACGAGGCUGUUUCUCAGUUCCACUCUCUGUUGCCUGCCAUGAUUGAUCAGGGUGUCACUGUUAUCUACCAGAUGACCUCCAGCUUCUUCAUGAUCGCUCCCCUCACUGCCUACAACAAGAACAAGGAUGAAGUCAAGGCCAUUCUCGAGCCCUUCACCGCCGCCCUCACUAAGCUCAACAUCACCUACAAGGCCACCUACACCUCUUACGACUCUUACUACGACCACUACAACCACUACAUGGGUCCUCUCCCCUGGGGUAACCUGGACGUUGCCACCUACCAGUACGGUGGCCGUCUGAUGCAGCGCCAGAACCUCGUGGAGAACCACAACGGCAUCGCCGAUGCUCUCCGCACCAUCACCCAGGCCGGUGUCAUCGCCGUCGGUGUCGGCAUGAACGUUUCCGCCCCCACCAACGUCUCCAACGCCAUCUUCCCCCCUCUGCGCAACGCCGCCGUGACCAUGCAGAUCGGUCUCCCCUGGAACGAGACCGCUCCCUGGUCCCAGAUGGUCGAUGACCAGAUGAAGAUCACCAACGAAUACGUGCCCCAGCUCGAGAACGCCACUCCUGGUAGCGGGACCUACCAGAACGAGGCCAACUUCCGCCAGUUGAACUGGAAGGAGACUUUCUUCGGGAGCAACUACAACCCCCUGCUGACUGUUAAGCAGAAGUGGGAUCCCGAAUCCUUCUUCUACGCUCUCAAGGCUGUUGGCAGUGAUGCCUGGGCUGUCUCGGAGUCUGGUCGCAUGUGCCGCGCUUCUACUACUACUACUCGUAGCACUGGUGCGUGCCGGGCUUAA